GCGCCCGGCCGCGGCCCUGAGCUGCGCGGGAACCCGCGGCCCGCCCGGCCCGGCCUCCUCCUCCUCCUCCUCCGCCCCGCGCCAUGGAGGACGAGCUCUACCUCGAGAACAUCGACGAGUUCGUCACCGAUCAGAACCGCAUCGUGACAUACAAAUGGCUGAGUUACACUCUGGGAGUUCAUGUCAACCAGGCUAAACAGAUGCUGUAUGAUUAUGUUGAGAGGAAACGAAAGGAGAACUCAGGAGCUCAGCUUCAUGUCACCUACUUAGUAGCAGGAGACCUCAUCCAGAACGAGCACGUUUGCCACAAGGUUGCAGUAGUGAGAGAGGAUAAACUUGAAGCAAUGAAGUCCAAACUAGCCAAGAUUACCAGCGUGCACAUCUACAGCCUUCAGAAGGCCUUGCUGAAGGACAGUGGGCCUCUCUACAACACAGACUAUGAUAUUGUCAAAACAAACCUGCACAACUGCACCAAGUUCAGCGCCAUCCGUUGUGCUGCUGCGGUGCCCAGGGCCUCAGCUGAAGGUUCUCAGGCACAGACGUCUGCACAGGCUGGUCCCCUGCCACCAAGUGACACCAGUGCUGGCAGUGUCCCUGUGGCCAAUGGCCACGCUCCAGCCACCACCAAACAGACCUCGCAGCAGCCCAGAGGGAUCAUGGGAAUGUUUGCAGCAAAAGCAGCUUCCAAACCCCAGGACACAAAUAAAGAAACUAAAGCAGAGGCUAAGGAGGCCCCAGGUGUGUCUGCAGCAAGCACCAAACCACCAGCAAAGGGCAACAUCAUGAACAACUUCUUUGGAAAAGCUGCCAUGAAUAAACUCAAAGUCAGCUCUGUGCCUGAGCAGCCAAAGGAGGAGAAAGAAGUAGUCAAGCCUUCAGUUCCUGGAGCAGAACCAGAGUCAUCCCCUAAUGGUGUAGUGGAGAAAGCUGGGAAGAAAACGGAGUCUGCUAGAAGUCAACAGAAGGACAAAAAAAGUAAAACCAAGAGGCUGGACAAGUCGGAUAACGAGGAGGAACGAGAUCCCGAGAACGUAAAGAAAAAGAGGAAGAGAAUUAAACAACUUCAGUCUGACAGCAGCGAUGAGGAAGCAGGUAUCCCACCAUCUCCCACACCUGAGGAAGAGAAAUCUCCACCUCCUGUACCUGCUCUGAAAGCUGAACUGGGGCCUUCAUCUACAGAGGCUUCAGCUGGAGGGAGGAAGAGGAAACGGAAGCGUGUCCUGAAAUCCAAAAUGUUCAUUGACGAGGAGGAAGGCUGCAUGGUGACAGAGAAGGUUUAUGAGAGUGAAUCCUGUACAGACAGUGAGGAUGACUUCAAGUCCAAACCACCACCAGCAGCACCCAAGCAGCCUCUGAAGAAAGAAUCAAAAGAAGAAAGGAAGAACCUGAAGAAAGGAGCAGCCACUGCCAGCAGAGCCAACAAACAGGUCUCCAUCAUGGGUUUUUUUCAGAAGAAAUGAACUGGUUCUUUCUCCUGGUCCUCUUGGGAGUGCUGCUCUUUCUGUGUGGCUUUCUAAGAACUGCUGCACUGGAGGAGAACAAGCUGCAAUCUUCACUUAUGUAAGAUCUUGCUUACUGUGUAAGGAAGCCCUCUGGACUAGAUUCUGUGUCAGAGAAAAGUUUGAUUUGUUCCUGCAAUGAUCUCAGUUGUCUUUCCUGAGCAGUGUGGGAACCACCAGCUGGAAGCAAAAUCUGGAGGAACUCUGGAAAGCCUCUUAAUCUCUUCACAUGAAAUGUUAUUUUUUUACUACAGGCCUUUCAGCUGUUGGGUGCUGAAGGUCUGUUCCACCACUGCUAGAUGGACUAAGUUAGGAGUCAAGUUGUGGCAUUUAUUAUUUUUUUUCUCCCCCUUCUUUUCACACCCCCAGCUCUCCAGGUUGAUCUAGAUGUUCACGUUGGUUGGAAGCUGUCAGAGAUCAGGUCUUCCACACUGAACAUCUGCUUCAGCUUUCACUGAAUGAAAUGAACUUAAUUUCCCCCCCAAGACUGGUAAAUUGGUUUUGCUCUGCCUUUCAUCAUCUCUUCUUUGGACAAAACAGGGCCUAUAAAAUUCUCUUACUCUCUUCUUCCUUGAACAUAUCCCCUGUAAAUGGCUCAGAUGCCUAAUUAUAUAUAAUUACAUAGACCAGCAGACACUGUUGAUGCUCUGUCUGCAAAAAAACAACAUCUUGGAGGCUUCCCACACAAUUGGCUCCAGUGGAACUGGGGGAAGUCUCUGCUGUUGAUGGGGAAGCAACUGGAUCCUUAACCUUGACAGUUAAGGAGCCAAAGGGAAGAGUGAUCAGAGGGCACUUCUGCUAACACUGCUCAGGUACCUGCUGUUGUGGUCAGGAUCUGUGCCCUGCCUGCUGCUUCUGGAGCUUGGGCUGGGUUUUUUCCACAGGCAUAAAGCAGACAAGGGAAGAGCUUUUUUCUAGGACAUCUUACCAUCUCCCUGCUGCAGGAAUUGUCACAGCAAAGGAGCCUGAGGAGCCCUUUUUGGGAGAUGAACAGUGCACUGCAGUCCUGCUCGUGGGAACUGAGGCAGUUUUGGGUUCAUUCUGGUUUUCUGGUGCUAAAUUUGACAGAUAUGUGUAAUAAGGCAGGUUUUCCAGAGAGUGGGAGCUGAGCAUUGCUCCAGCUUGGCCUGGGGAAGGCUUCCAGAUGGGCCACUGCUGUCAUCAGUGGUUUCUGAGUGGUGUUGGGCCAGCAUACCUAUGGAUAUGUAUCUACAUACUGGUUUAUAAAGUGUUUGUGGUUGGCAGAGAGAGAGAGAGAAGGCCUGAACAACAUGAACUGGGGAAGAGAUGUCUUUGGCACCCAGGUGAGUUCUCCUGAGAGGAUCACAUCCAGCUGCAUGCUGACCUGUGGCCACUGGAAGGGCCAGCUCGAGGGGGUGACUGGACCAGGAGGUCAGGUUGGUGACUCAAGAAACUGGAACAUGCACCUCAUUGUCACCCAAGAGCUGACUCAGUUGAAGUCACCCCAGGCAGAUAGGAGAUGGUUGAGUCCCUGUGUAGCUUCUCAGAAGAGUGAAGAGCCUAAACUCUGGACUUUGUGUUGGAAACUUAGAGGAGAAAUGAUAGGGAGGUGAGGGAAGGCAGAACUGGCCCAGGACAGCCCAGGCAUCCCAAACCAGAGCCUGCUGCCCAAGCUGAAGAAGGUUUUCAUGCUCUGGUGGUGAGUCUGGGUGACGUGGGCAGCAGAAGUCCAUGGGGAACAAAUGAACAACCUUGUUCUGACUUCUAUGAAGAAAAUGUCACUUCCACGACCAGCCGCCGCUGUGGUGCUUGUUUUCCUUGGUAGAACUGGGGGUGGACUUUGAAAAGUUAUGAUAAGUAACAAAACUCAUUAAAUACAGGUAUUUUUUUUCAUUCUUACACAUUAAAUGAUUUGCUAAGUCCCUGAUC